GCCUUUCUAGAAGACCUAGAAUUUAGCGGGCAAGAUUUAUCCACUGUUGUCAAGAAAAGCGAUUUCGACCGGCUACGCUGACAGCCACCUCCCACGGAGGCAGUUCCGGAGGCCCCCUUCCCAGCCACCGUGGACAUCCAACAAGAGGGCGUAUUCAACGAAGAGCUCACCUGCCUCCAGGAAUCAGGUCGCCGGGUGGUGGGCACAUGGGCUAAAGAGCACGCAGCCCACAAAUAGGAGUACUCACUCACUUACGUACCUAUACGGGCCGGCAGGAUGCCUCGGAAGCACCCGACGCCGACGUCGAAGCUCCAGAACCGCGACAACCAGCGCCGCUCGCGGGCGCGCCGCCGGGACGUCCUCGCGUCGCUCCAGCAGCGAGUCGCCGAGUACGAGCGCCGCGACGCCCAGGCCACCCUGCAGAUGCAGGCGGCCGCCAGGGCCGUGCUCGCGGAGAACCAGCGCCUGCGCGCGCUGCUCCGGCGGCGCGGCGUCUCGCAGCCCGAGAUUGACGCCUACCUCGCCGCCCCGGACGGCCCGGGCGAGGGACAUGCCGUCGUACCCUCCUCGAACCCGACGCCCCAGGCACCCGCCGCGUCGGCGCCGGCACUAGCGCUGGCGCCGUGUCGCAACAGCAGCGGACAAGAGCGCGAGAGCACAUUGUGCGCGAACACGUGCACCUCGCCGCUCGCCGCGGACCCUCAAGUCGAGCCCCCGCCUCCGAGUGCGGGGCCCAGAGACACCCUCGAGCUCUCGUGCGACGAGGCGGCCGAGAUCAUCGCCACUUUCCGCGGCCACGCCGACCCCGAGGCGGCGCGCGCCGCGCUCGGGUGCAGCGGCCCGGCGGCCUGCCGCGUCGACAACUUGAGGAUCUUCCAGCUGAUGGACGCGGACGAGGGCGCUUAAGGCCUUCUGGAGACCUAGACUAGAUGCCAGGCGUUCGACGACGGAUAGCUGGUCUCUACGCCGACAUGACCCCCUGGUUACCUGGUUUUCUGGCAUGUUCUGACCCGGUCGUAUAAGUAUUCGCACUGGAGUGCUUAUUAAUAGGCAUUGGGGGCGCGCAGAACGCUCAGCUCGCUUGCGGUUAGGUCUAAGCAUUUAGGA